CCUAAAUUGGUAGCGCUGACCGACUUGACUGACCAUCAAAACUUUAACUGGAUGGAUGCACGUAUCCCCGUCUGGGUGACAUUUGGGGCACGGAGAACCCUGGCUCGAGUGCUGUACGUACCAGGAAAACAAGCUUACACGGCACGGCUUCUGUACAACGUUAAGAUGCACAAAAGAGGGCAGGUAUGGACAGGGGAGGAAAGAUGGAGGUGAUAAGAGCUGAGACCCCAGAUUCCCGUUCUUUUGUUUUUGUUUGCGGGCCCUUCUUGAUCACUGAACCGAAUUGAUUGUGCUUCUUACCACCGAGAUGGCAGAACUCGAGAAACGUGACGGAAUGGCCGAAGAGAAGUACAUGGAAAAUGUCCACGAGAAGAACCCGACUGCUGCGGGACAAUCAAACGAGAAUGCAGCUCUCACGCGCAAGAUCCUCUUCAAGCUCGACCUCAGAAUUCUUCCAAUCCUCGCCCUCCUCUUCCUCUGCUCAUUCCUCGACCGAACAAAUGUCGGAAAUGCGAAGACCUACGGUCUCGAAGCCUCGCUCAAAAUGACCGACCACCAAUACGACACUGGACUCGCUGUUUUCUAUGCUACAUAUAUCGUCAGUGAAAUCCCAAGUAAUCUGGUCCUUCGGAAGCUCUCCCCGAAGAUCUGGCUCCCAGUCCUGACAAUCUUCUGGGGCAUCGUUACAAUGUGUCUGGGCUUCGUGAAAAAUUACAGUCAAUUCAUGGCCGUACGCGCCAUUCUUGGCAUUUGUGAAGGUGGUCUCCUACCUGGAAUGGUGCUGUAUCUCUCAGGCAUGUACACGAGGGGUGAGAUGGCGUUGAGACUCGGUCUAUUCUACACGGCGGCUAGUCUGAGCGGCGCCUUUGGAGGCCUGUUGGCUAGAGGGUUGACAAGUAUUGGGAAGAGAGGAGGACAGGCGGAGUGGAGUUGGAUUUUUAUCAUUGAGGGGCUAUUGACCGUGGCCAUUGGGAUAUUGGCAUACUUUCUCCUUCCAAAUAAUGUCGAGACAGCUCCAUUCUUGAAAGAGAAUGAGCAGAUCUACGCUCGUUCGAGACUCCAUCUUGACAUGCCUUCUCGUCUUGCAGAAGAUGGAAGCGAGCACCACCACGAAGCCUUCCGAUGGUCAGAAGUGCGUCGCGGCAUCUUCAACAUCUCAACCUGGCUCUCGGCAUGCGCAUAUUUCGGUAUCCUCGCUGGUCUUUAUUCCUUCGGUCUCUUCCUCCCCACUAUCAUCGUGGAGUUGGGAUACACGGCCAAUGAAGCCCAACUUUGGUCCGUGAUUCCCUAUGCUGUUGCAUCCGUCGUAACAGUUAUCAUCGCUAUCGUGUCAGACCGAAUGAAACUCCGUGGAGUCAUAAUGCUCUUCGUUCUCAUUCCAGCUAUCAUUGGAUAUGCAGUCAUCGCCAAUAUCUCAGUCGCUCAUCCAAAGGUCAAGUAUGGAAUGACGUUCUUGAUGGCGACUGGAAUGUAUGCUUCUGUGCCUUGCGUACUGGUUUGGAACAGUAACAAUUCUGCGGGACACUACAAGAGAGCAACAACAACAGCGUUGCAGUUGAUGAUUGCGAAUAGUGGUGGAUUUGUUGCCACUUUCAUUUAUCCAAAUAAGGAUAAGCCGCAGUAUCACAAAGGGCAUACUGUUGUGCUUGGGUUGUUGGUCAUGAGUUGGUUCCUGUGAAGUGCUAGCUAAUGUGUUGUAUUGCCACAAGGUGAAUAUAGAUAAGAAGGCAGGGAAGUAUGAUGAGUUUAUUGGGUCAUCGGACGAUAGAGAUCCUGAUUUCUUGAUGGUGCUGUGAUACGAAUGUGUCCUUCGAAUGAAAUAAAGCUGAGGAACAUCAAAUAUUUCAACACAAUAUGCAUGAUGAUUU